AUCAUCACAGAUCUCUCUCCCUACUUCUCUUUAGAAAUAAACCAUUCCACAUCUCUGAGUUUCUUUUUGAGUUCUUUAUUUACUCAGAAGUCAGAAAGAUCAAACCUUCUAACCCUCUCUCUUUUUUCUGUUCUCUAUUGUCGUCUAGAUUCACAAGAAAAUAUUAAGAUUCUGAGCUAAGAAUCCACUGGGAAAAUCUUACAUAUAUAGGAAAGUUUUAGUGGAUAGAUCAUGAUGAUGGGAGAAGAAGAUCUUGGUUUGAGCCUAAGCUUAGGUUUUCCACAAAAUCACAAUCCUAGUUCGUCCAUAUCCAACGAGCACCAUAGAUUUCCAUGGAGCCAGACAUUCGCUUCUACAUCAGAUCUUCGCAAAAUAGAGGUGAACACUCUUCCAUCAACGGUGGAUUGCGAGGAGGAAGCGGGAGUUUCAUCUCCUAACAGUACAAUCUCGAGCACAAUAAGCGGCGGGAAGAGGAGUGAGAGAGAUCACGAUGAGACCACUCCGGAUAUAGGUUACUCACGUGGAACCUCCGACGAAGAAGAAGACGGCGGCGGCGGUGAAACGUCGAGGAAGAAGCUCAGAUUAUCUAAGAAUCAGUCUGCUUUUCUUGAAGAGACUUUCAAAGAACACAACACUCUCAAUCCCAAACAGAAGCUAGCUCUGGCCAAAAAAUUGAACAUGACCACAAGACAAGUGGAAGUGUGGUUUCAGAACAGAAGAGCAAGAACCAAAUUGAAGCAAACGGAAAUGGAUUGUGAAUACUUGAAACGUUGCGUAGAGAAACUAACGGAGGAGAACCGGCGACUUCAGAAAGAGGCUACGGAGCUUCGAACUCUCAAGCUGUCUCCACAGUUUUACGGCCAAAUGACUCCACCAACUACACUCAUCAUGUGUCCGUCGUGUGAGCGUGUUGCUGGGCCAUCAUCAAACCAUCACCACCACAAUCACCGGCCCGUUACGAUCAACCCCUGGGCUGCUUGUGCUGGUCAAGUGGCCGCUAAUGGACUGGAUUUUGAAGCCCUGCGUCCACGAUCGUGAGAGGAAAAGAUGUUCUGCUAGUUUUCACUUGUGGUGAUGGUUUGGUUGUAAUGUGGCUGUGUGGGGGUCUCAUUGUAAUUUUGGAUCAUUGCCUUCCCAAAUUAUAGUGUCAUGAUUAGCAAAAAUUAGUUACAAAUUACAAUACUAACCAGUUAUGUAACUAGUUUGAUGUACAACUGUUUUUAAUUUAUAUCUUCUAAAAGUGUUUUAGAGAAA